UUUCCCUUUUCUUUCUGCACCCCCGACUGCCUCAGGCACCAACAUCACCAAGCCGUUGCCUCGCACCAACCACAACUCGACCGCAUCAGCAGCCUGCCCAAUCACCCAGCGCAUCGCACCCAAUCAGUUUCUGCGACACGAAACAACGCGUCGCCGGCCGUCAUAGAAACUCAGAUUCGCAUCGCACUACAAGCAUCAAUCGCCAACUUCGAAGACAGGUUUUGUCACGUGCGAUUAACUGUCGAUACUCAACUGCGGAAGAUAUUUAUCUAUUAAAUAUCCAUCAACUACGACCUUUUAUAAUAAGGUCGUGAUCAUUUUAUUUAAUAGGCUUCCAGGCUUAGCUUCCUUUGAUGCCGCAUUUUCUGGAGUAGGCCGUUCACUCCAGCUCCGAAUGGCAGUCAUGGCCUCCCCUCAACCAGAUUCGACUGCUGUCGACCAGAAACAAGCAGUCAAAAUGGCGUCACUUGGAGGCGAAGACUCAGUUGCCACCAGCAAUGGUGUUGAAGGACAUUCCCCGACGCCGAAUGGUGUCAAGUCGUCUCCAGAAGCUCAGAUAAAGGCCACGACGGACCCCGCGACAGAGACCGAUGCGGACACAGCCAAGCUUUCAUCCAACCACGCUCAGAACUCAGACGCAUUCUCCUCCAACAAGUCGAUUACAACUGAGGCGACGAUACCAACAGCGGAUGACACCGACAUGAAGUCAGACGAUAAAGAUGACAAGGCAAAACCAGAGGCUGAUGAUAGCAAAGCACCCGCCGCUAAUGGAACGUCUGCAAAAUCCGACGAGGAUGACUCGAAGGCCGAGUCAAAACCAGCGAAAGAGGAAGACGAGGUCAAACCAGCUGUUGAAAGUUCAGCAAACGAAAAUUCAAAACCGGAUGAGUCCAUGGAAGAUGCUGCCGAAUCCAAAGAUACCGAAAUGUCAGAGGCACCGUCGACAGCACCAGAUGCAAAGACGGGGGCCAGCGGCGCUGCCUCUCCAAAGUCAGACACGAAACCUGCAGCCUCACCAGCAACCAAGCAAUCAGAAGAAUUGGCGCCCACAAAGACGGAUGAGGAUAAGGGAAGAGAAGACAAGGUUGCCUCUGAAAACCAAGCAACGACCGAUUCAAGCGUGAAUCCUCCUAGCAUCUCGAACUUGGCCAUUGAUGCAUCGCAGGAUGCCAGUGCUGCGGAAAACCAAGAUACCAGCAUGACCGAAGCCCCAUCGCAGACUAAUAAGGUUGCCCGUGAGCGCGAGGAUGACACACCUGACGAGCCCGCGGCCAAACGUGCGAAGACCGAGUCACGCGCGACGGAGCCCGAUGCUGAGACUGCUACAGCCAAAAAAGACUCAGAAAGAGAACCCAAGAUUGACUUACAGAAAAGCUCAGCUGUAGCUGCCGACGAUAAGUCCGAGGCAGAGGCUGCUGAGGUGGAUGUGGCGCCUUUCGCCCAUGAGCCCAUGGACGUCGAUCCAGAGGGUUGGGAGGAAUCCGCUCAAAAGCUUGUUCCGAAACCCAUCAGAGCCUUACCUGGAAGCAUCAUGCAUCCCACAUCCUACGACAAGCCGAUUUCCGAAUUUGCUAAUCGCGAAAUUCGGAGAGCUUUGGGUAGCGUCAAGAAGACCAAGGCAGGAGGCAAUUUCAAAGAUUCUGUCGCAAAGCUUUGGCCCGUGCUGGCUGAAAGCUACAACAGCAAGGUCAAGAAGCCGAUGGAUAUCGGACUGAUGGAGCGCAACCUGCGGUCUGGAGUAUACAAGACCAUUGGUGAAUUCAAAGCCGAUCUCGACCUCCUGGUCCUCAACUCGUACUACUUCAACGGAGCAAUGCAUGAUGUUACUAAGUCUGCCAUCAGCUUGCUCGAGAGCGUUCUUUAUAAACUUGUAGACACACCGUUGGACGAGCUUAACAAACCGUCUUCGAGUCAGUCGAAAGCCGCUUCCUCGACAAGACACACAGAACCUCGGGCGGCCACACAGCCUAAGCCUAAGCCAGCACCGGCGCCGGCAAAACCGCCCCCACCUCCUGCGCCUGUAGAGAAGAUCGUUCAGAGUCCCAUUCACGCUGCGCCAGCGGUAAGACGGGACUCGAAAGAUGACGACCGGCCGAAGAGACCAAUCCAUCCACCGAAGAAGGAACUCGGCUACGACGGCAAAGGUUCCAAGAAGAAGAAACUCUCUCCUGACUUGAAGUACUGCGAUGACAUCUUGAAGGAUCUUGCGAAACCCAAAAGCCAUGGCAUUGCUUGGAUCUUUGCGAAACCAGUCGAUGAGACUCGUGACGGCGCUCCCGGUUAUUACAGCAUCAUCAAGAAGCCCAUGGACCUGGGGACGAUGACAGCAAAGUUGCAGGAAGGCAAGUAUCGUAGUGCAGCCGAUUUCAAGGCCGAUUUCGACCUGAUGUUAAACAACUGCUUCACAUUUAACCCCGCGGGCACUGAUGUUCAUGCGCUGGCUCGCAACCUCGAGGCGUACUUUCAAGAUAAGUGGGCCGGUAUCGAUGCCUAUGUCGCCAAGCAUGCGAGCAGGGCUCCAGCGCGUCGAACCUCCGCUUCUAGUCCGAGCGGAGGGAUCAAAGACGAGUCGGAUGACGAGGGCCCGGCUAGUGAACCGGAGCCUGAGGUACCUGCCGCACACCUGGAUCAGAUUCGUGAGCUCAAGAAAAAGAUCGAUGCUGUCGAUGCUAGUAUUACAAAGCACAAAGAGCAGUACACAGAGGAGGUGGCAAACAGCGCAGACCCAUCCGAUACUUCAAAGCUUGACAUUUUGAUGUCCAUCAUCCAGAUGCUCAACAAGGAUCUUGGAGACAAGAAGAAGAAGCUCGCUGAGUUGGAAGCCAGCACGCCUGCAUCCAAGCCAAAACCUGCCGCCAAGGCCAAGAAGGCCGCGGCAGCUGGCAAUGCACCGCCGAAUAAGAAGGCGGCUGGGGGCAACAAGAAGGCCAGUGGAGCCGGAGGCAAGAAGGCUAGCAAGCGUGUUAUGAGCACGAUUGAGAAAGAAGCAAUUGCCAACGGUAUCAACGAGCUGGAUGGCACCUAUCUCGAGCAAGCUGUCGCCGUCAUCAAAAAGGACACCAACCAAGAGGAGAAUGGUGACGGCGAGUUGGAACUCGAGAUUGAACAGCUAUCGACCGAUGCGCUUAACAAACUCUACGAUCUCAUGUGUUCGGGAAUCAAGGGGUUCCGAGCAAAUGUAGAAUCAAUGUUGAGGAGCGCUCAAGCAACAGCUCCACCGCCGGCACAAGCCCCACCAGCUAUUGCCGGACGUACACAGAAGCCCAAAAAGAACAAGCCCAUGGGCAAGGGUGAACAAGAGCGCAAGCUUGAGCAUCUCGAAAAGCUCAAAGCCCAGUAUACUGCGAACAAAGGCCGACAAGGCAGCGGCAGCCAGGAGCCGCCGGGUGCGAAUGAGCUUGCCUCACAGGAACCCGCGGAUGAAGAGGACAGCGAUGUCAGCUCUGAGGAGGAGUAGGAAGCUCACGACGGUGAUUAUCAAGUCAGCACCUCUGAGGAGGAUUGAGCGAGUUCUCAGGAGCUCGAUCAAGUCCUUUCACAGGACACCAAGUACGCGGUGUUGGCUCUGCUCUUCAGAUGCCCUCUGCAUCGCGACGCCACCUGUUCCUACCCGCCCAAUAAUACUAUGGGGCUUGGGGCUAGGGAUGGAUCGCUCUUUGAAGAAUGUCAGUGUUUUGUACGCGCGAUGAUGUUGCGUUAUGAGGUUUAUGCAGCAAUCGGCGCACUAGGAAGAUAUUGGUUUCCAUGGCCUCGGCUGAUCGUGGCUUUAGCCCACUCGCAUGGGGUUUUGAGGCUAGGAAGAUAACCAUUCCUACAUGUCCCUAGACUCCAUUCAGCCAAACUUCUUGGGCGUACCAAAGGCCUUUGGAGAUGGUCUGGGGCGCACACCCAUGAUUGGCGUGUGCUAGGGAGCAGGAGCUUAUUUAAAUGCAGCAUUGGAUUUCCUUGCAUACUUGCAGCGGAGUUCAGGCGUCUCAGCAAACCCCACCGAACACAGCGGCCACUUGACUCUGUUGCUGGGUGGGACUGCUGUUUACAUUUCCCCCCCUUCUCUAGUGCAUAUGGGAGUCAGGCCAAGGGUUUUCUUUUUUGGGUCACACAUGACCAUGUUGCUUUCAAUGAAGAGCAAUUCAAAACAAUACCGAAAUAACACAACCGGUAUUGGAAGAGAGGCCAAAGGAUGGGAUUAUUUUUUUUUGCAUUUGAGCACCACGAUUCUUGAGCGCUUGCUCAAUGGGGCGGGGGCUCAUCUGCGCUUCGGAAUUCUGUUGAUGAUUUGGAUUGGUAAAAGGUGGGACAGAGCCAGGGAGGCGCCCCGUUCGGCGAUCCUCAAUCGUUCGCACCCAGGGUCUUUUUCAAGCAUCUCGAGCUUUUGACAAGUCUAUUAUUCCUCGUUCAAAAAUGCUCCAGUUCCUGGUGGCAGAAAUUAAACGAAAUUCUAUCCUCACUUGAGGUGCCAAAGAUGACGUCGUUAUUUUCAUCUCUUCAUGUAAAAUACUUAGGGCAGGGGGUUGGUUGGAAUGGUUGGUGCAGAAAAGCCAAAGCCUGUGUCUUGUGUAAUACUUUUUUUUCCCGACCCGUCUCCAGUCCACUUGGACUGAUCCUUUAAUGUGUGAAUUUUGUGUAAUUAUGUAUGCUGCGUAAAGUCGUGUGAAGUCGAGAGGAGUGGUCCAGGUUGGACGUCGUUGCCGUAGGAGAGCGUUCCCCAGCAGCGGUCGGACCGACUUUCUGACAGGCUCGAUACCCAGGAGUGUCGCUCGACGUCUGUGUACGUGUCCGGGAGCUUGCUGAGGCUCUGCGGCCGUCUGUAAGCCUUUGCUUGAUAUGGCAUGCAUCCGCUUGGUGUCUAGUUGUGAGCCUUUUGG